CGCAGGCCCGCCGGCGCUUCAUCGGGUGGAGAGCCGGAUGCUGUCUCGCGAGGAGGAGGUGGAGGCGACGCGAGAGACGCUGCUCUCGCCAAAGGUGUCUGGCGCGCGGCCGGACGGCGUGCAGAGCUGGCUCCACCACCGCCUCGCCCGCCGCCGGUCUGCGGAGAGGAAGGCGAGGGCUGCGGUUGCCGACGAGGCGACCGCCGGCGCGGUCUCGGACGCCGCCUCGGUGAGCGACCUCUCCGAGGUGAACCUGAGCGACUAUCCGGACGCCGAGGAGGGCGAGCUGCCCGACGAGGGCGAGGUGGCGCCGCCGUCGGUGGCGGAGAGCGCCGAGGGGCUGUGCGGCAGCGACUCUCCUCCGAUACUCGUGCUUUGCCACACCAACCACGCGCUGGACCAGUUCCUCGAGGGCAUCCUCGCCUUCGAGCCGCGCGUCGUCCGCGUGGGCGGCCGGUCGCAGUCGGAGGCGCUCAAGGAGCACAACCUCGCCGAGCGGCUGCGCGUGCGCAAGGAGGAGCGGGCCGGCAGCCGCAAGACGCUGCUCGGCAACGUGCACGCCCACCUCAAGGGGUCGCGCGAGCGCCUCUCCGCCGCCGCCAAGCAGAGCCACCGGACCUGGGGGGGAGGCCUGCUCUCGGGGCUGCUCCUGCGCGGGCAGCGAUCCUUCCGCGGCGCCCUCGCAGCCGCACGGCAGGCGCCUCUUUGCGCCCUCGCCGCUGCACUCGAGCGGCUGCCCGAGGAGGGAAUGGCUGCGUGGCUGGGCUUGCCGCCGGCCGGCGAGGCUUCCCUCGAGUCGGUCCUCGCCCAGCCGCAGAUGGGGCCCGCCGCGACGGAGGCGUGCUGCGACGAGGCGGACCGCGCCGCCUACUCGGGGGGGGGGCCUGCCGCCGCGAUGGAGUCGGUGCCGCUGGUCGACCGCUGGGCGCUCUACAACUCGCUGCGCGCCGGGGCGCAGACGCGCGCGCAGGCGGAGCUCGUCGCCGCGCUCGAGUCGUACCGGCUCGCCGCGGCGGCGGAGCAGGCGCUGGAGGAGGCGGAGGCGCUGGCGGUGCUGCGCGGCGCGGCGGUGGUCGGCAUGACGACCACGGGCGCCGCAAAGUACCAGACGCUCGUGCGGCAGCUCGAGUGCCGCGUGAUUGUCUUUGAGGAGGCGGCGGAGGUGCUCGAGGCGCACGUGCUCGCCUCGCUCGGGAAGUCGACCGCGCAGCUGCUCCUCAUCGGCGACCACCAGCAGCUGCGCCCCUCCGCCGCCUGCCACGAGCUCGCGCUCCACUACGGCCUCACCGUCUCCCUCUUCGAGCGCGCGCUCAACAACAACGUGCCGUACGUGCGGCUGCGCACGCAGCGGCGGAUGCGGCCGCAGAUCUCGCGGCUGCUCUCGCCCAUCUACCCGGAGCUGAUCGACCACCCGUCGACCUUCAACCGACCCGCCGUGGUCGGCCUCGCGCACCCCGCCUACUUCCUCACGCACCAGUCGCCGGAGAGGACGCAAGGCGACCUCAUCUCGCCCGAGAACCCGCACGAGGUCGAGGUGCUCUGCUGCCUCGCCGCGCUGCUCGUCGGCUCUGGCUACGCGCCCGCGAAGAUCACCGUCCUCUCGGCGUACGUCGGCCAGCUCAUCGCGCUGCGGGCGGGCUUCGCGGCGUGCGGCCUCGACGGGCUCGUCCUCUCGACCGUCGACGCGUACCAGGGCGAGGAGAACGACAUCGUCCUCCUCUCCCUCGUCCGCUCCAACUCGGACGGCCGGCCGAGCUUCACGGCGCGGCGACCGCCCUGUGAACGGCGCCUCUUCAUGUGCCUGCGGGGCUCGGAGCUGUGGCGGCAGGUCGCGCGGCACGUGGCCGACGCCGGCGUCUCCGGCGCCGGCCUCCCGCUCGCCCUCGGCGACGUGUCCGCCAUGCCGCCUCCUUCGCGGCUGGGCUCGGUCGAGUCGUCCGCCGCCGACGCGGCCAAGGGGCCUCAGCUCGGCGUCGCCGGCGUGGCGGGCGCGGGGAGCGACACCGCGCCGAGCCCAACCACCGCCCGCAUCCCAGGCUCGCGCGACCAGCUAGCGCCGGGAGGCGGCUGCGGCGAUCCCCUACAGGAGGGGCAGUCGGCGGGCGGGGCCGAGGCCGCUGCCCUGGAGGAGGAGGUUGAGCUGCCUUUGCCUCCCGGCUGGCGCAAGGCAAUGAGCCGCACGCACGGGAGGGAGUACCUCUACAACGAGUCCACCGGCCGCCGCGUCUGGCGCGUCCAGUCGAUCGACGCCGCCGAUUUCAGGCCCCAGGACUGA